AUGUCUACAUACGCCAAAAACCAGCCUAGCGGCUUCAAAAACACUAUUGAGAGAGUCGCCAUUGUCGGGGCCGGAGGCACCGUUGGAGCGCACAUCACUGCAGCCCUCCUUAAAACCGGAAAACACACAGUCACAGCCCUCUCCCGCGAAGACAGCGGCAAUAAACUCCCCGAGGGUGUCCUCGUCGCCACAGUUGACUACGACGAUGAGGCCACCAUUGUCGCCGCUCUCAAGGACCAGCAAUUUUUCAUCAUCACCGUGGCCCCCACAGCGCCCCGGGACACCCACAGUAAGCUUGUCCAGGCAGCUGCUAAGGCUGGCGUUCCGUACGUCAUGCCCAACGGAUACGGUGGCGACAUUGACAACAUUAAACUGGGCGAGGAGACGAUGCUAGGUCCCGUGGGUAAGGCAAACAGGGACGAGAUUGAGAAGCUUGGUAUGCAGUGGAUCACCGUGUGCUGUGGGUUUUGGUAUGAUUACAGCCUGGGGGGCGGUGAGUCGCGCUUUGGAUUCGACUUUGACAAGCGUUCCCUGACAAUCUAUGACGAUGGAAAUACCAAGAACUCGACGUCGACCUUGUCGCAGGUUGGGCGCGCCGUGGCCAAGGUUCUGAGCCUCAAUGAGCUUCCCGCUGACGAAAACGACAAGAGUCUUACUCUGUCGAGCUUCCUCAACAAGGGCGUAUACCUUAAAAGCUUUGUGCUAAGCCAAAACGACAUGUUUGAGAGCGUCAAGCGCGUGACAGGCACCACUGACGCCGACUGGACGGUUACUCACGAGGACUCUAAGAAGCGAUACGAGGACGGCCUGGCGCAAGUUAAGAGUGGUAACAUGGCUGGUUUUGCCAAGUUGCUGUACUCGAGGGCGUUUUUCCCAGGGGAUUCGAGUGACUUCUCUGCCAAGACGCAGAAUGAGCUGCUUGGGUUGCCAAAUGAGAGCCUGGAUGAGUCUACCAAAGUUGGAAUAGAUAUGGUUAAGGUCUUGCAGCAACGUUUUGAGCGGAUGGCUUCCUAG